AGGGACUUUUGGGUAUUAGGCUUCCUUAGUAAUGUUACAUUCUGCAAAGUCUAGUUUCAUUUGCUCAAGUGAUUCUUCUCUCUAUGUCUUCUUCAUAACAUAAGUACAUAUUCUGUUUUCCUUGAAGUUCAACCAUAUUAUCAGGAAUAGCAAAGUCCAUGAACUACUUAGAAGCUUUCUGAUAUAUAGCUAACUAGUAUAUACAGAUAACCUCCACUUAGCAUUUACCAAUGGGGAAGAUGAGAAGAGGGUCUUCUUGGUUAGAUUUGGUAAAAAAGGCUUUCAGAUCGCCUUCCAAAGAUAACCAGAAAAUUAUCAACAGCAGCAGCAACAACAAUAGCAGCAGAGAUGAAUGUGAACUUGAAGAAGAAGAGGAAGAAACUAAGAAGAGAGGGAAGCGGAGAUGGGUGUCUCGGAAACUAGCUGGUGUCCAUGAAACAAUUACUGCAGAAAGAAAUGGAGUAAACCCUAUUGCAGGAAAUGCUGAUGAUGGUGAUGAGUCAUGCAGACAAAAGCAGACCAUUGCAAUGGCCAUGGCCACAGCAGCUGCAGCCGAGGCCGUGGCUGCAACCGCACAAGCAGCCGUUGAGAUGAUUCGGCUCACGAGACCUUUCCUUUUGGUCAAACAACAGCAUGCUGCUAUUUCUAUUCAGACAGCUUUCAGGGGAUACCUGGCAAGAAAAGCUCUUGGUGCAUUGAAGGGGGUUGUAAUGCUGCAGGCAGUAGUAAGAGGACAUAACGCCCGAAAACGGGCAAAAAUGACUCUUAGGUGUAUGCAAUCACUGGUUAGAGUGCAGACUCAAGUGUGUGAUCGGCGGAGAAGGUUGUCAUGUGAAGGGAGAACGAAUUGGUCACACAGAAGAUCCACUUCAAGAACAGAUCUUGGAGCUUCAGCUUUACAACGUGAAAGGGUGCUUGCCUAUAACUACUCUCAUCAGAUGUGGAGCUCAAGUAAGGACAAAGAAGACGCAAGAAGCGAUGAAGAUGAGGCAAAUAGCGACAGGACAGUGAGCAAGGGAUAUGCAAGCAUAAGAAGAGCUUCGUUUGAUCAAAUCAGGACCGUCGAAAUGGACACCGCACGUCCCUACGCCGUCCAUUCUCCCCGCACACCUGCCUGCAACAUCAAACCCAUCUCCGUCCACUCGCUCAGCCCGCCGCCGCCACCGCAAUGCAAUAGUGAAUAUCACGAGAGGAACCACCAUCCGACGCCGGAAACGCCGAGCUCUCUCUCGAGCUACUUCCACCGGGCGAUUGGAAGCCGGACGCCGACGGGUCGGCGGCCGAAUUACAUGGCGGCCACGGCAUCGGCCAUGGCCCGAUCCCAAUCGCCGAGGCAGCAGAGGCCCUGUUUGACACCGGAUAGAGAGAGUAAUUCUUCGGCCAAGAAACGGCUUUCUUUCCCGGCCCUUCCAUCAGAUCCAUGCGAAGAAGACGACCCAGUGAUCAGUAGCGGGUACUCCUCCGAUUACAAAUCCAUUGUGAGGAACCCCUUCCGCAGGGCUGCCUACGGCUGAUUUAGUACACACCCGUCCAAUUUGACCCGAUAGAAUGAUCCUAUAUUUUUUUUCAUAAUUGGUGGGUUUUAGAUGGUUUUAAUUCGUUUUACAUAGAGGGUGAUUGAUUUGUAGUUUAGACCCUACAUUAAAAUCAGGCUUUUGUCUUCAAUAUUACUAAACUAGUAUCGUUACCCGUGCCGUGCACGGGAUAAAAUGAUUUUGUGUUUGAGUUUUAGCAUGUUUUUUUGGGUUAUUAUAACAAAUGGAAAAUCGUGUAUCUAGUCAAUUAUAAUAUUGAUAAUACAUAUUUUUAUUUGUUGAGAAUGUCUUAUUUUUGUACUAAUUAU